ACCAGGCGCACAUAGCGCGCGUGUGUGUAUGUUGCUAACCUAGCUAGUUAGUUAGCCAUUAAUAAAGUUCCUAACGUUACAACAUGGCAGACGGCUGGAGCACCGACACCGGAGAGGUUGCCUAACGUUCCCGGGAUGCUGUCAAAAACCUUACAAUUAAGAUCCGUAUUCAGAGAGUCACCUUCACAGCAGCCCUCUCAACACCUUCAGCAGCAGGUUUUGACUCAACAGGAGAGGGGAGGCAUUGAGCUGGACACCCUCAACUCACAGGCUCAAUCAGGAUUCCCAGAGUAUGGUGACACAGAUAAAGUCCAACCCUACCUUCCUGGCACAUAGGAUGGCUAAUGUCAGACACAGACGACAUGACAGACACCCAGUUGACAGCACCGUCCCCAAGUCCAGGCUGAUUACCUGGGAGCCCUCGAAGGACUUUAUGAAGACCAGCCACGUGGUCAACACACCUGUACAGACCAUGCACAUCAUGGGUGACCUGGGACCACCAGGCAAACUUGGCCAAAACGAGAAGGAAUGCUUGUUGUGCACCAUAAGAGCAGAUGGAAAUGGAGUGAUUACCAUCAAACCAGACUUCAACAAAGUUGUUUCAUCAGCAAAGGGCUAUCAGGAGAGCUACCCAAUCCCAGAGGGCCAUCGUGGCUUCAUCAGUGAUGCCAGACUUCUGCAGAUGCAGAGAGCUGAGAGAGAGGCCAUGGAAGUAAAGCAAAGAAAGAUAAGUGCUAUCCAUGAGAAUUAUGUCCGGACUGCUCUCAUCGGGGUUGGCAGCACCUUCGCGCACCACUUCGUCCCCUCUAUUCAGUGCAUUCCGCGGCCGAAAGCUCCACCAAGGCCUUUGCCACGAAGGCUUGAACACAUAGCUCUGGCCCCACUGAAGAACGUGGUGGGGGUGGACGGAGCCCAAGUUCGAUCCGGAUCUCACUCUCUGGAGUCCAUCCAGGUAAAUAAGUCAUUCAGCAGCAGUAGCGUGUGGCCUGUUCCCGUCCCUCCCACUGGAGCUCCCUCCAAGAGGGGCAAGAAGAAGAAGGGCAGGCGGGGAGUCAAAGCCCUGAAAGUCCAGUCGGACCAGGGCUGUGCUGACAACAGACCCAUUGACCUGAUUGAGGAGGAGAGGGACAUCGAGACUCACCUGAAGGAGGAGGCCUGGAAGGUGGUACAUGAGGUGAAGGCCAUGGGCAGGAGAAGUUUGGGCUUGGCCAUGUCCAUGGGGGAAAUAGCCACCAGCUCUCUGGGAAGCCUGAGCUCAGGGGAUAUGAACACCCCUGUGGAGCUCUGUGACUACCUGGAUGUCGGGACCCCGGUCAAGUCGCGUGACAGCCCACCCAGGCCUGCUCCCCCUCCUACCAAGCCCAGGAGCAAACUGCCUCGGCCCAUAAGGUUCCUUAGCCUGCCAAAGGCUGUCACCGGCUCAGGGAGAAGAAGAUCGAGGGCUUGACCUCUCUCCGUGUGAUGGCUCAGAACCACGUGGACAUACUGAUGCCUAAACUCCAUGAUAUCUGCCUUGCCAUUAUAAA